AUGUUCCUGGCGACCCCGCUCCUUGUGGCUUCGUCUCUCUUCUCUGUUGGCGCAGUAGCCAAAUCUGGGGAGGAAUUCAAAACCAUCGAUGACCUCUACGUCGACGCUCUCGCUGAAGGUGGUAAUCUCGUCCUGUACCAUGGUGGAGACACUCCUAAUCGGCAAGAUCGGCUCCGCGAUGCUUUCAUGGCUCGCUUUCCUGGGACCAACUUCACCGUCAUUGUCGACUACAGCAAGUACCACGAUGUUCGCAUCGACAACCAACUGGAGACCGACACGUUGGUACCCGAUGUGGUGGCUCUGCAGACGCUUCAGGACUUCCCUCGCUGGGCUAAGAACGCUGACCUCCUCUCUUACAAACCUGCCAACUUCUCCAAGAUCCACGACUCUCUCAAGGAUAACGACGGAACUUGGUUGGCUUACUCGAUCUACUCGUUCAGCUUCAUCUACAACAUGAAUGCACUUGGUGACCAAGCUGCUCCUGUCACUCCGGCUGAUUUAGUGAACCCGCAGUGGGCUGGCAAGAUCGCAUCGUCUUACCCACAUGAUGACGAUGCAGUGCUGUUCCUGUUCACUCGGUACGUGGAGAAAUAUGGUUGGUACUGGGCCACCCAAAUGGCCCAGCAGAAUGCCAGCUUUAACCGCGGUACAAAUGUGGCGGGCGAACUUGUGACUUCGGGGGAGAAGCUUAUUGGGGUGGGUACAAGCGGUGGUGGUGAGCCGAUUAAGUUCGUGAACGGCAACGGCACCGAGUACCUCAGCUGGGGACAGCGUGUGGGCAUCUUAUCGAAAGCUAAGCACCCUGCUGCUGCCAAGUUGUUCAUGAACUGGAUUAUCUCCGAGGAGGUCCAGACGUCGCUGGUGUCCUCUAGCGUGCGCACGGACAUCAACAUGGCUAAUCCCUGGGAGAUUCCGGAGGCCAACAUGGCUGCCUUCCCCUUGUUCAUGGAAGAUCGCGCCAAGGUGGAGCAGUGGAAGCAGACGUUUGCGCUGUACUUCGGCGAGGUCCACGGCGAACCAAGCCCAGGAGUCCUCGGAUUGCACCCUGGGCUGUGAUUAACCAUAGCUAAAGGUUCGCAAUGUAUUUCGACGUAGUGCACUACCUAGCUUGAAAAGGGUUUUGAUAAUUGCAACUUGCAUCUGAAUUACCAC